AUGCAUCACUAUGCAAAAUUUAUGAAGGAUCUUUUGUCUAAGAAAAGGAAGUUGAAAGAUGGUGAAACUGUGGCUUUAACGGAGGAAUGUAGCGCCCUGAUUCAAAAGAAGCUUCCUCCAAAGUUAAAGGACCCAGGUAGUUUCAGCAUUCUGAUUGCUAUUGGAGAUGUGGAAGUAGGAAAAUCACUUUGUGACUUGGGGGCCAGUAUAAAUUUGAUGCCACUAUCUGUCUGCAGAGCUUUGGGGAUUAACAAGUUGAAAACCACUAAUGUUAUUCUACAUCUAGUAGAUAGAUCAAUUAAGAGGCCAGAAGGGGUGGUAGAAGAUGUUCUGGUCAAGGUGGAUAAAUUUAUUUUCCUGUAG